UAUUUCUCUGCGACGCGAACGGCGAUUAUUUUUAGCAGCUUUUGGUAUAGUCCCUUGUCUGAUUCCUUUCAUGUUUUCUGUUUUUUCCUCUUUCCCAAUAAAUUUGUUUUGAUUGCGAAUUUUUCUUAAUUUCGACGUGCUUUAUUUCACGUUUCAGAUCAGAUUAGUAUUUAUUGUUCCAAUGACUAAAGCUGAGCAAAUUGUCCAAAAUCGAGAGAAGAAGACCAUGCGUAAAUUGGAAAUUCAAAAACUUUGCUUAAACAUUUGUGUUGGCGAGCCGGGAGAUAGACUUACUCGUGCAGCUAAGGUUCUUGGGCAAUUGACUGGACAAACACCCGUUCUUUCAAGGGCCCGUUAUACCGUACGAGCUUUUGGCAUUCGUUGA